UAGCGAUCACUGGGCGCAUGGAGCGGGCGGCAUGGAACGUGAAACGUGGAACUUUGAACGGGAAUGGCAAUGGGAACGUACAUAUUUUAGCUGGCGCUGCAUUUUCAUGGCUGGCGUUUCAGUUUUCGCCUUGGCGAAUGUGUGCUCAAAGAAUACCCUGUGUGCAUUUUUAAGUGGGUAUAUUAGUGGCUCAAUAUACGGCGUAAAAAUAGGUAAAUUUCGAUACAUGCAGUACUUUAUAGCAGUGGGAUUUAUGUGGUUGUGUUUUAAUGUAUAGAAAGAAGCAGAAUUUUCCUUGUUCCAUACGGCGCUUCUUUAAAUAACAUUGUAAAGUACAGGGUGUCUUCUAUUCUUUUACUCGCGAUCGCUUUUUAUGGCUGUGUGUUUUACCAACGCCAAUACUCCCGCCCACACCCGCGACACCAAGUGGAAUCAGGCAAGCUGCUCAGAUAUCGAGUCAUUUCAUUAUAAUUAUGGAUUUGAUCGAUUUACCCUGAUUCAUGCGAGCUCCAGACUUAGCAAUACUUUCUAUCGAUACGACAGACAGAUACAAAUAAAAGACGACGGGGAGUAUUAAGUAACGGUACAUAAAUAUGAAGUGUCAAUUACUGGAGUAGACUAAGCACAUAGAAACCUAAAGAAAGUUCCAUUUCGCUCUAGAGUUUAGAUUAGAGCAGUAGUAUAGAAAAAAGGAAAAGGCUGACAGGAAAAUUCCCUGGACUGUGAAACACAAGUCAAGAUUGCUUAAAUGUAUUUUACAUAGAAUAAUAUAUAGUAAUAAAGUAUUCUGAAAAAUGGAUAUCCAAGCUAAUUUCUUUGUCACGCACUAUUAUUUUUUGGGCACCCUGGGCGUUAUUUUAACGGGAAUAGUUUUCACGGUGCCCACGAUACGUGAUAAGUUUCGUAAACAAUAUACGAAAUUUCGCGCGAAAUCGAUGAACUAUACCCCCAUAACAUAUAUGCAGGAUGAUAGGCUAACGGCAGUAUCGAAAAAGCGCUUGCUCAUGGUGCGUCGCAAAACUUUAGUUUUAGACAUGGACGAGACACUGAUAUCGUCUGUGAUACUGUAUCGGGUGAAAUCGUUGCUAGAAGCAGGACCCGAAGACAAUCGGCGUUACAAGGCGAAGUCAAAAAUCGUACACUCAACGCCAUAUGAUUACAGCUUCUAUAUACCCAUGUCGGAGGCCAGCGUCUAUGUUUAUAAGCGACCCUACGUCGAUCUGUUUUUGGAUCGGGUCUCGAAGUGGUAUAAUCUGGUAGUCUUUACCGCUGCCUCGGAGGCUUAUGCCUCUCAAGUGCUGGACUUUCUAGAUGCUGGUCGAAAUAUACUGAAGCGUCGAAUGUUUCGACAGCAUUGCAUCGAGAUCUGCGGGAUUCGGGCGAAGUUUGUGUCGCUGGCUCGCAGGGAUCUGGCCAGUGUGCUGCUCCUCGACGAUUGCCCAGUGGAGAACAGCUUCAAUGUUGGCAAUGCUGUGAACAUUAAAAGCUAUCGCAUCGGUUCGCAGGACAAUCAACUGCUCUGCAUGCUGCCCUUUCUGGAUGCCCUGCGAUUCACUCGCGAUGUUCGCUCUGUCCUGGGUCGCACCACUCGCUUCGAUUGCCUCGCCACUUGCUUGGAAUCGCAUAUCUACGAAGCUGAGGAAGAUGAAGACGAUAUACAUCAUUCAUUCUAAUCAGGUUAGAGGGCUAUUGAUUGGUCGCUAAUCUUUUGCUUUAUUUCUUAAGAACUUGAAAUUUCUAAGAGCUUUCGAUAUUUUGUAGUCCUAGAUAGGUAUAGAUCUCUUCUUUAUCGAUAUUGUUAUAUAGUCCAUAUAGUUCCGUCAUCAUAUCUACUCUUUGCCUUCUCUAUGAUCUAUUGUAUAUCCAUUAAUAUAUUUGUAUUUAUUUACAGUAACUUCUUUUCA